UCAUACUAUUUCUGUUGUCCUUUAGGAAGCAAACUGCUGAUUUUGGUGCUUUGCUUGAACAUCCAGUCAGAAGUGGAGUCUUGCCCUGGAGCGUGUGUGUGCUACAGUGAACCGAAGAUCACAAUAAGUUGUCAGCAGCAAGGACUGACAGCAAUCCCCACGGAGAUACCCAUCCAGAGCCAGCGCAUCUUCUUGCACAACAACAAGAUAACCCUUGUGAGGUCCACCAGCUUCACGUCUUGUCGCAACAUGACAAUUCUUUGGAUCCACUCCAACAACAUCAGCCUCAUUGAGCCUGGAGCCUUCUAUGGACUCAACAAACUGGAGGAGUUGGAUCUCAGUGACAACACGAACCUGAAGUCUAUCAAUCCUGUCACUUUCCGUGGUCUUGUUCACCUCCACACCUUACAUCUGGAUCGCUGUGGGCUCAUGGAGCUCUCCACGGGGCUUUUUCGAGGGUUGUUUUCCUUGCAAUAUCUCUACCUUCAGGAUAAUAACCUGCAGAACCUGCUGGAUGACACCUUCAUAGAUCUGGCGAACCUCACCUACCUGUUUUUGCACGGUAACAAAAUCAAGAGCUUAUCAGAGAACGUCUUUCGUGGGUUAAUCAACCUCGACCGGUUGCUUCUACACCAGAACAGAGUCAGCCUGGUCCACCGCCGGUCUUUUCACGACCUUGGGAAAGUGAUGACCUUGUAUCUGUUUAACAACAACCUGACCGUGCUCACAGGGGAAACCAUGGCACCCCUGGUGUCCCUCCAGUAUCUGCGCUUAAAUGGCAACCAAUGGAUCUGUGACUGCCAGGCUCGGUCUCUCUGGAAUUGGUUUAAGCAGUUUAAAGGGUCAUCUUCAGAGCUGGAGUGCCACCUUCCCCCACACUUGGCAGGGAGAGACCUCAAAAGGCUGCAGAGCUCUGACUUGGAAGGAUGCAUCGACUCUUUCAAUCAGAUUCGAACGAGCGUUUUUAGCACUAAGACCAGAUCUGGUAAACUGGCCACCGGGAGUCCCCCUCUCAGCUCCCACGAUGGCUCCAUGAAGUGCUGUCAGCCAGAAAUGGAUAAAUCUUUUAUAUACGAAGCUAAAGGCAAGGCAGGUCCUUCUUCCCACAGCAGCCGGCCGUCCUCCAACAACCCUCUCAAGGAUAAGGAGAACAUGUCCAAAACCAAGUACGUUGAGACGGACCCUUCCAAAAAUGGCAGCAACAAGCAGAUAAACGAUUCCCCUUUUGGGACCUUCCCCAGCAUUGUAGACCCUCCAUUGACCAAGUUGAGACCAGAGUUUCUAGAGCCUAUUGAACCUUCCACAGUCCCAACCAAAAAGAGGCAGGGCUGCUCUAAAAAGAACAAAUCAAAGGCCCAGUGCCGCCUCACCCAGCAAGGAAACAGCUCCACGUUACAGCUCAGCCUAAGCCUUUUGAUCCCCCCUUUGGUGUGGAGCUUACUGUUACUCUGCUAAAAUUAACUCUUUUUCCUGGGUUGAUGACACUUUAAUACUAGACUUUUGCUGACCUCCAUAAAUGUUGCAAACAAAAGCAAACUACCAUCCACCCUGAGAAAGCUUUGUUACACAAAAGUUAACUGGAUGCCUUUAUAUAAAAACAAAACACACACACACACAAAAAAAAA